AUGAUAUGUGAUAAAUCAGAUGGUACUUGUAAUGAUUGUAUUAAUGGUAGAUCUGGUAUAAACUGUGAGAAAUCAUGUAUAGUUACUAACUGUAUAGAUUUUACUGGUAGUAAAUGUGAGACAUGUGUACAAGGUAGAUACGGUACCAACUGCCAACAGAACUGUAAUGAUGGCUGUCUAAACAGUUACUGUAAUAAAGAUACUGCUGUCUGUAGGGAUGGGUGUAUCAAAGGAAGAUAUUCACCAAACUGUGGAUCCCAGUGUACAGUUACCAACUGUGUCGGUAACUAUACUGGUGUCUGUAGGGAUGGAUGUACCAGCGGAAGAUAUUCACCAAACUGUGAAACACCAUGUACAGUUACUAACUGUGUAGAUAACUGUGAUAGGAUUACAGGACAAUGUUCUAGCUGUAAACCUGGUUGGUAUGGUAUAAACUGUGAACAUAGAUGUUCUAGUAACUGUACUGGAGAAUGUAAUAAAUCAACAGGUAGAUGUACAGAAUGUAAACCAGGAAUAUUUGGUGAUGAAUGUAAUACACCAUGCCCCCUUAACUGUUUUGAUAAUUGUACUAGAAUAGGUGGUAUAUGUAAUGGCUGUAAAGCUAAUACAGACGGUCUAUAUUGUAAUUCUACAUGUGGGGCUGAAUGUCUACCAAUUACAGAUGGGACACAAGAAACAUGUGAUAGAAAUGGUACAUGUACUGAAUGUAUUGUGGGAAGAUAUGGUGAUGGAUGUGAUAAGAUCUGUAGUACAACUUGUAAAGAUGGAUGUGAUAGAACAAAUGCUAGAUGUAAUUCCUGUGUUGAUGGUAAAAGUGGACAUACGUGCGAUAAGAACUGUAAUGAUAAUUGUACUGUUUGUAAUCAAGAUGAUAUCAACAACUGUACUCAAUGUAAAGAUGGGAGAUGGGGAACAUCGUGUAAUAAACUGUGUAUUUCUAACUGUAAUGGACAGUGUGAUAAAUCUGAAGGAACAUGUUCUAUCUGUAAACUUGGUUGGCAUGGUAACGUAUGUCAACAACAAUGUUCUACCAAUUGUAAAGAUGGUUGUGACAGAAUAUCGGGAAAGUGUAGAGGGUGUAAAACAGGAUUUCUGGGUCACUAUUGUAAUGUAGCAUGGUCUGUCUGUCAGAACCUAUGCAAAGCUGGCAAUUUUACAUGCGUUGGACGCCAAGUAGUGUCAGACCAGAUUAUAGAUAAGAAUAAAGAUGAAGAUAUGAGCCCAGCUGUAGGUGGUGUUAUUGGUGCUAUAUUUGGUAUACUAAUUACAGCUAUAAUUAGUGUUACAGUACAUUGCUAUAUUAUUAAAAGAAACCAAUCAUCUAAACCAGAUAAUGAAUCACGUGGUUAUAGAUAUAAUAAUCACCCUACUAUAAAUACAUCAACAACAGGUGGAAAUAACUCUACAUCUGAUGAUAUUACUUAUGAUACUCUCCAAGAAGUUUCAACUCAACAAAAUGAAGCAGUAAAUCAAUACCAAACAUUAAACCCAGAUCCUACAUAUGUAAACCUUGGUUUACAAUAAGACAAUAAUGUGGGGAGGAGGAUUUGGAUUUUUGUGACCAUGGUUGUAUAAAAUACAGGCAUGUGUAAUACGAUGUUAAAUUUAAUACAGACAAGUCUGAGCUUGUAGUGUUUAAUAACAAUACAAACAAUAAAGAAAUCAAUAAAGAUGUAUAUUUUAAUGGUAAAAUUAUUAAUAUUGUAGAUACAGAAUUACACCUAGGUAAUUCAUUACAAUCAGAAACAAGAGAGCAGGUAAUUCUAACAGGUGUUAACAACUUCAUAACCAGUUUUAAUGUUGUAAAUACUUUCUUCAAACAUGCCAUUCAAAUGUAAAGUAUAAGUUAUUUAAGACAGUGUAUCUGCCACUGUAUGGUUGUCAGCUGUGGGAUUUCUCCGAUAGGUCCAUUGAAAGAUUUUACUGUACUUGGCGCAAGUGCACUCGUAGGCUGUGGUAUAUUCCAUGUCGUACACACAAUGUCCUUAUUCCAUUACUUUGUCAGGAUUAUUCUAUAGAAGCUCAGCUUCAUAAACGAUUUGUAAAACAGUUUAUUAGUUCAAUUCAAAUAUGUCUGUAACAGAUACAGUGUCUCUAGAUACGAUUUAUAUAGUAUAAAAGCAAAUAAACUUUUAAACAUAAUAAAUAAAUGGGAUAAUACCAAUGUAUAUCAGUCUGAUCUCAAAAGAGCUGGUCAAAUUGUAGAUAUGAUAUGCGUGAGUCGCGCGAAAUUUACUCACAUAAAAAAGAUCUUAAUGAAAUAAUUACUUAUUUAUGCCUUGACUAAAUGUAUUUAUAUAUAUUGUAAAGAAGUGUACACUAAUGUGCGAAUGUGAAAUAAAAUAAAUAAAUAAAUGAUCAUAUUAAUUAUUAUUCAUAUUAGUUGAAAUGAAGUGCGCGACUCUUUGAAAAGGUAAAUUGACACAUUUUAAUUCAUUUGACCUAAAGUGUUCUCACUAUUAUUAGUAUUAUUAUUGUCCGAAAAAAUACAAAUGACGAUUAACUGCUUUAAAGAUAUAUGUACAGUCUAUACUAAUAUAAACAGUCCAUUUAAUACCUGUUAUUAAGAUCAUCAAAUGUAUAGCAACCACUACAUCGAAGUUAGUUUAUAAAUAGAUCCUAGCACGUCAUUAUAUACACAAACUUCUUAAUAAAAAGGUAUUGUGUAAGACUGUAUCUCUGGAGUUUAAUUUAUGUUGAAUAUGUCAUUAUCAUUGAUGUCAAAAGAGUAUGCCUACCUGUAUACCUGUACUAAGGUCAAUUCUGGACAUAAAUUAUUUGUUUUUUUUAAUGACCGGCACUUCUUGGUAUACUGCAGGUUAUAGUAUUUAUUUGUUACAAUUUUUAUCAAGAAUUUUUUAGAAAAUACUUUAAUAAUUUAGAAUAUUUUAGAAAAUACCUUCGAAAAUACUUUAAUAAUUUAGAAUAUUUCAAAUAACACUUCAAACAUGAAUUAUCAGGGUCAUAACUAUUCUCUCAAAACAUUAAUCGUGUGUGUGUAGGUGUGCGUGUGUGUGUGUUAUUAAAAGGUAAAAAGCAAAUAAUGAAAUAAUAAUACGUAAUGCUAAUGAAAUGUUAAUUUACUAUAAUCUUUAUAAAACGUUUAUAAAUAGGAAGUACCUGUCAAUAUGGCAUGUUUGAAUAUUUUAUUAAUUCGUUUAUUUACCAAUGUAUAUACUUGUAUUGUAGUUAUUACGUGAAUGCUUGUUAUGUCAAACCUAGUGGUUAGAAGUAUUUCCAUAUAAAUAUAGGAGUGUAUAUUGAUACAUGAGUUAUUUAGAUCUAACCGACUUGGUGGUAUUAUGUACUAUUCGUUUAUCCGCGGUCUAUUGAUUGUAUGUAUGCAAUAUUCUUUAUAAUUUCCCAGUAUUAAAGGUUAAAGAAUCAUCCAAUAA